CGACCCGACGUGCCGGCUGUAGUAAACAAAUCCAGCUGACUUGUGUCAUACGUUGAUACUUUUCGCGACCUUUCGGAGUGCGACGUGGGUCCUGAGAGAAGCUGCUGACCAAUCUUUUAUUACAUCGAGAACCAUGAAUAGUUGAGGACGAGUGCUGAAAUGGACGGUCUCAUUUCAUUCCUAUCCACUGUGAUUUUCUACGGCCUUUUGUUGGCAGUCCUUCUCUUCGUCUUGCUGUGUUUGGUUCUGAAGAAGAUAAGCAAACCCCAUCCGAACAUCGUCCGUUCGGAAAAGGAAAACUAUUUCCUCGAUCCGGUGGAGAACCAAAGAAUUAAAUUUCCUUUGGAGGAGGAAAAGUCUGCAGUCAGCCUAUCAGUAGUUGUUCCUGCCUACAAUGAAGAAGCUCGAUUGUCCGUCAUGUUGGACGAGUGUCUGGAAUACUUGAGUCAGCGGAAAAAUAAUCUUUCUGGCUUCACGUACGAGGUGAUCGUGGUCAGUGAUGGCAGCACGGACAAAACCGUCCAGCUGGCCCAAAAUUAUUCCAGGCAAUACACACCAGAAAUUGUGAGGGUUUUGGAACUUCAGCCUAAUCGAGGAAAAGGAGGAGCAGUUCGACUGGGAGUCCAAAGCACAAGGGGAGCAGUGGUGCUGUUUGCUGAUGCCGACGGCGCCACAAAAUUUGAAGAUUUGGAAAAGCUGGAGGACAGCCUUAAAGAUUGCUUGAAAAUUGAUUAUUUGCAAAGCCCUGAAAAUGCAGCGAAGGCUUUGGCGAUUGUUUGCGGCUCCAGGGCGCAUUUGGAAGAUGACGCCAUUGCAUCCAGAAGCAUUUUCCGCACCUUUCUGAUGCACGGCUUCCAUUUCCUGGUGUGGCUCUUUGCAGUCCGAGGCAUCCGAGACACUCAGUGUGGAUUUAAACUCCUCACCAGAGCAGCUGCUCUCAAAUGUUUCUCAAAUAUGCACAUUGAAAGAUGGGCAUUUGAUGUUGAGCUUUUGUACAUAGCUCAGCAGUUUAAAAUUCCAAUCACAGAAGUUGCUGUUCGUUGGACAGAAGUCGAUGGUUCAAAAAUUGUACCAGUUUGGAGCUGGUUGCAAAUGGGCCGAGAUUUAUUCUUGAUUUGGCUCAGAUAUUUCAUUGGAGCGUGGAGAUUGAAGACCAAGGAAGAAUAAAUUUUUUGCAUUUUUUUAAUACGGUUAUAGAUUUUCUUUAUGUAUCAUGUGAAUCAUGUUUUGCUUGAUUUGUAUACAAAGUUUUCCAUAGUUUUGUAAUUGCAUCUUUACCACAAUUUUUAUUUGAAAUAAAACAUCUGAAAACUCACUAAUAAAAGUAUUUGAAAAAAUC